AUGGACCUGGUCAAGCAGAACCGCUUCUCCGUUUUGGACUACGUCAUAUUUGCGGUUUUGCUGGCGGCCUCUGCGGGCAUCGGGCUGUACUACGCCCUGUCGGGGGGGCGGCAGCGCACCACGCAGGAGUUCCUGAUGGCAGACAGGAGCAUGCGCUGCCUCCCCGUUUCCCUGUCCCUCAUCGCCUCCUUCCAGUCGGCCGUGGCCAUCAUCGGAGUCCCAGCGGAGGUCUACACCCACGGCACUCAGUACUGGUUCAUCGGCUGCGCUUAUGUUUUAGGACUUUUAAUCCCGGCUCACGUUUUCGUUCCGGUUCUGUACAGACUGCGCCUCUCCAGUGCUUACCAGUAUCUUGAGCUGCGCUUCAGUAAAGCCGUGCGCAUCUGUGGAACGCUGACCUUCAUCUUUCAGAUGGUCGUCUACAUGGGGGUCUGCGUGUACACGCCGGCGUUUGCACUUAAUGCAGUUACAGGAUUUGAAUUAUGGGGUACAGUGCUGGUCACGGGACUGGUGUGCACGUUGUACACGACGAUGGGCGGAUUGAAGGCCGUCAUCUGGACCGACGUCUUUCAGACGCUUGUGAUGUUCGCGGGCCAGCUGGCCGUCAUCGUGGUGGGAGUGCAGAGGGUUGGAGGAGUGUCAGAAGUCUGGAGGAAGGUGGUGGAGGGAAACCACAUCUCUGGUCUGGAUCUGAACCCAGAUCCCACAGAGAGACACACGUUCUGGACUCUCGGGGUUGGUGGCGUUUUCCUCAUGCUGUCUCUGUACGGAGUGAACCAGGCCCAGGUCCAGCGCUACCUGAGCUCACGCACAGAAAGAGACGCUGUCAGGUCGUGCUACAUGGUGUUCCCCUCCCUGCAGCUGGCCCUGGCUCUGAGCUGCAUCAUGGGGCUCGUCAUGUUCGCUCGCUACUGUGGAGAGGACCACUCUGACAAACUGACCAACUCCUCCAGAGACGCAAUGGUCGUAUACUUCGUGAUGGACAUGCUGCAAGGCCUCCCUGGGCUGCCUGGACUCUUUGUAGCUUGUUUGUUCAGCGCUUCUCUCAGCACCAUUUCCUCUGCCUUCAACUCUUUGGCUACUGUGACGAUGGAAGAUCUCAUCAAACCACAUUUCCCCUCCAUGUCUGAGGAGCGGGCCACCCUGGUGUCCAAAGCUUUAGCUCUGUCCUACGGGCUGCUCUGCCUGGCCAUGGCUUACCUCACUCACCUCAUGGGGGAUUCAGUUUUACAGGUGGCUUUGAAAAUCUUCGGGAUGGUUGGCGGUCCAAUUCUUGGUCUGUUUUGUCUCGGGAUGUUCUUUCCAUGUGCCAACUCCACAGGUGCAGUGACAGGUCUGGGUGCAGGACUGUUCAUGGCUUUGUGGGUCGGCAUCGGUAGCAUCGUCACUCGUAGUUCUAAUGCCAAACCGCUGCCCCCCAGCUGUCGAUUUGUCCUGCCGUCGGAGAACACGACGGCCGCCUUACAGACGGCGUUUAGCAACGUGACGAGCCGACCCUCGGGGCUGACGAGGUUCUACUCCUUGUCCUACAUGUGGUACAGCGCCUUCAGCUGCUUCACAGUCAUCCUCGUAGGGCUGAUCGUCAGUUUUCCCACGGGUCCAAUGAAAGAAGAGGAUGUGACGCCAGGAACGAUCUAUCCUUUAUUCAGGAAGCUGCUUUGGUUUCUGCCUGAACACGUCAAAAAGAAGCUGUGCUGCGUGACGCCUCUGAGACCGCCUUUGUCAGAACACCAGAGGCUGCCUCCACAACACAAUAAAAGUAACGGACAGAGCUGCCAACGACACGCACCGUCACUGGAAGACACAGAGGGGGUUUCCUCUGAGGCAAACAGCCUUUUGAUACAGUACGAAACAGCAGUGUGA